AUUUUGACAAGAAAUAAAAUGGUCUACUGGGAUAUUUCACUCAGUACAGUGCUUUCCGUUAUUGCAUUAUUACUGGCAACUAUGUUGUAUUGGUAUCAAAGGAAAAGUUUUAGAUACUGGAAAGACCGUGGGGUACAGUAUAUUCAGCCAACAUGGAUUUUUGGAAGCAUAAAAGAUCCAUUGUUGCGGAAGAAAACUUGGACUGCUUUUAUUGACGAGAGUUAUAGAUUGUUUAAAGACAAAGGAUUCGGCGGGUUUUUCAUUUUUGGAAGGCCUGCUCUAUUCGUUUGUGAUCCAGGUUUGAUCGAGAAGAUGCUGGUUCAAGAUUUCCUCCAUUUCCACGACAGAUGGUCAGUAGGGAGCCGAGACAUAUUAACGAAGACUCUCAUGUACCAGACUGGGGAAAGGUGGCGGACGAUGAGGCACAAAUUGGGACAAUCCUUCACGUCAUCAAAGAUCAAGGGUAUGUUUGAACAGAUAUUCAGGUCUGGGGAUUAUAUGGUUGGCAAGAUAGACAAGAUCACAGAGAAAAAUGAACCGGUAAAAGUAGAACCCCUACUGUUUGUGUUUGUGACUGAAGCCCUUUCCAGCUGUAUAUUUGGAGUUCAGAUGACGUCGGAUAGUCACCAAAGGCAACGCAUCAAGGAGGUUGUGACUCUAAUGCACGAAACGAGCGCUAGCACUUUAAUAUCGAUGAUGUUAGCCCUUGUCUAUUCAAAACUGUUUUCGCUUUUGAAAAUCCGAGCUUUGCCCAAGAAAGUAACUGAAUUCUUUCUAGAUUUGACCAGAGGUGCCAUAGUAUACCGUGAUUUAAAUCGUGUUAAAAGAAAUGACUUUUUGCAAAUGGUACUAGCUUUGAAGGACCAAGAAGAAAACGGGAUUGUCGACAGCCCUCCGGACUUGACUGAAGAAGAUCAGAUUUUGAACCAGGUGAGGAACAUCCGAAAGUCGCAAGUAAAGGAGAACAUCUUCACUGAAGAUUGCAUCGCUGCUUUAAUGAUGAACUUUGUGUUUGCCGGGUUGAAGCCUUCAGUGGUCACUAUUGGUUUUGCGUUGUACGAGAUUGCAAAAAAUCAAGAGAUUAAGAGAAAGUUGCACUGUGAACUUGACCAAACUCUCUCGAAACAUAAGAGAUGGACUUACGAAGCAAUCAGAGAGCUGACCUACAUGGAUAUGGUCAUCCAGGAAACUCUACGACGAUGGAACGUCAACUUGGUACUCUUGAGGCAAGUGACUGAGGACUACAAAGUGCCGAAAACAGAUCUGACCUUGCAAAAAGGAACUUUGGUUGAAAUUUUGAUGUCUUGUUUACAUAUGGAUCCUCAGUAUUUUCCCAACCCGGAAGAGUUUAUACCAGAAAGAUUUACAGAAAACAGUUACAAACCUACUUCUACAUUCAUGCCUUUCGGACAAGGUCCCAGGAUAUGUAUCGGGGUCCGGCUAGCUGUCACGAUGAUGAAGGUGUGCUUGGCGAGGAUUUUGUCUGAAUAUCAGCUGGAAGUGAGUGAUAAAAUGACAUCACCUUUGGUGCUUGAUCCACAAACCUACUACCCUAAAGUGGUUGGCGGAACCUGGCUCAACUUCAAGAGAAGGUCCUAGAAAACAAGUGGGAGUUACAAAUUGUCGCUAGCAAGAUGUAGU